UAGGUGAUGCUGCAGCCAAGAUGGCGUCGGCGGCGGCUGCGGUGGCUUGAGGGAGAUGCUCCCGGUCCUCCGCGGUAGAGGCGGCGGCUGUGGCCUCGGCCGGGGCCUCGGGUCUUUCCCGGGCGUGAGCGCUCAGGCGCCUCUCCUUCGGCCGGGUUAACCCGGACAAAGAGGAGACGGCCGCGAAAAGAGGAGGCAGUGAGGAACCUAGAGAGAGCGCGGCACCUCCCGUCCCGGCACCAUGGCUGGGCUCAUCAAAAAACAGAUCCUGAAGCACCUCUCCAGUGAUCCCUGCUGGCUGAGGUGGAGAUUGGUGUGCUGUGAAUUUCCUAAUCACCCAAAUGAGUACCAGAGGAGUCUAAGAGACCCUGGCAACUGACUACUUGCUUUCAUCAGGAAUAGGGACCUUUUGUCUGAAAUUUCCUGCCCUCAGAUUUACCAAAAAUUUAUCUCCUGACAAGAUAAAUCUAAGUACCCUUAAAGGAGAAGGCGAACUGAAGAAUUUGGAGUUGGAUGAAGAGGUGCUCCAGAAUAUGUUGGAUUUGCCAACAUGGCUUGCUAUCAACAAAGUUUUUUGUAAUAAAGCAUCUAUUAGGAUCCCAUGGACGAAACUGAAAACACAUCCCAUCUGUUUGUCCCUAGAUAAAGUAAUAAUGGAAAUGAGUACAUGUGAAGAACCACGAAAUCCUAAUGGCCCAUCACCAAUCGCAACUGCUUCAGGACAGAGUGAAUACGGUUUUGCUGAGAAAGUAGUUGAGGGAAUUACUGUGUCUGUAAAUUCCAUUGCCAUCCGCAUUGGAGCCAAAGCCUUUAAUGCAUCCUUUGAACUUUCCCAGUUACGGAUCUAUAGUGUAAAUGAAAACUGGGAACACGGAGAUUUAAAAUUAACUCGUAUUCAAGAUCCACAGAGAGGAGAGGUUUUGACAUUUAAAGAAAUAAAUUGGCAGAUGAUUCGAAUAGAGGCAGAUGCUACCCAGAGUUCACAACUUGAAAUUAUGUGUGCUCCUGUUCGAUUAAUAACCAACCAAUCAAAAAUCAGAGUCACACUUAAAAGAAGAUUAAAAGACUGCAAUGUCAUUGCAACAAAGUUAGUUCUAAUAUUGGAUGACUUAUUAUGGGUUUUAACGGAUUCUCAGUUGAAGGCUAUGGUACAAUAUGCAAAGUCUCUUAGUGAAGCAAUAGAGAAAUCAACAGAACAAAGGAAGAGUAUGGCUCCUGAACCUACACAGAGCUCUGCAGCAGCCCCGUCUACACAGCAAGUGAAGACACCACAGACUUCAAAUGCUCCUGAUCUAAAUGACGCAAUUGUGAAACUAUUCAAUGACUUUGAUGUUAAAGAAACCUCCCAUCAUUUAGUGAUUUCUCAUCUAGAUCUACACAUAUGUGAUGAUAUUCAUGCUAAAGAAAAAGAAUCAAAUAGGCGUAUUACUGGAGGAGCUAUGCAACUAUCUUUUACACAGCUCACUAUAGAUUAUUAUCCUUAUCACAAAGCAGGAGAUAGCUGUAAUCAUUGGAUGCAUUUUAGUGAUGCAACGAAGACAAAAAAUGGAUGGGCCAACGAAUUGUUACAGGAAUUUGAGAGCAAUGUUGAAAUGCUUAAACAGGCUAUAAAGGAUCAUAAUGUAGGUUCACCUCCUAAAUCACCAACACAUGCCUCUCCCCAGCACACACAAACAGAGAGAGAUGCAGCUCUGAAAGGGACUUCCAGAACACCUUCAGUAUUAUCUCAACAAUCCAAAGCUAAGUUGAUGUCUAGUUCUCUUGUGGUUAGACUUGCAGAUUUCAAUAUAUAUCAGGUCUCUACAGCAGAACAAUGUCGUUCUUCCCCGAAAAGUAUGAUUUCUUGCAAUAAAAAAUCCCUAUAUCUUCCACAAGAGAUGUCAGCUGUCUAUAUAGAAUUCACAGAAUAUUAUUAUCCUGAUGGAAAGGAUUUUCCAAUUCCAUCUCCCAACCUUUAUAGCCAGCUGAAUGCACUACAGUUUACUGUGGAUGAAAGAAGUAUUCUAUGGUUAAAUCAAUUUAUAUUGGAUUUAAAACAGAGCCUUAAUCAAUUUAUGGCUGUAUACAAGUUGAAUGACAAUUCAAAAUCUGAUGAACAUGUUGACAUUCGAGUUGAUGGCUUAAUGCUAAAGUUUGUUAUUCCUUCUGAGGUGAAAUCUGAAUGUCAUCAGGAUCAACCGCACGCAAUUUCUAUUCAGAGUUCUGAAAUGAUUGCCACAAAUACAAGGCACUGUGCAAACUGUCGACAUUCCGAUCUAGAAGCCUUGUUUCAAGACUUUAAAGAUUGUGACUUUUUCAGUAAAACAUAUACCAGCUUUCCCAAAUCUGGUGACAAUUUUAAUCUUCUGCAUCCAAUCUUCCAAAGACAUGCUCAUGAACAAGAUACCAAAAUGCAUGAAGUUUACAAAGGAAACAUUACUCCCAAGUUGAAUAAACACACUCUUAAAACUUCUGCUGCCACAGAUGUUUGGGCUGUAUAUUUUUCUCAAUUUUGGAUAGAUUAUGAAGGGAUGAAAAGUGGAAAAGGACGACCGAUAAAUUUUGUAGACUCUUUCCCUCUUUCCAUUUGGAUUUGUCAACCCACAAGGUAUGCACUGUCUCAAAAAGAGCUGCAGACUUGUAAUCAAGUAUCUCUAAACACAUCACAAAGUGAAUCUAGUGAUUUGACUGGCCGAUUAAAGCGGAAAAAGCUCUUGAAGGAGUAUUAUAGUACAGAGUCUGAGCCCUUGACAAAUGGUGGUCAGAAAUCUUCAGACACAUUUUUAAGAUUUUCCUCUUCAUCAUCAGAUGCAGAUAUUCAUGUCCUGGUUCAUGUUCAUAAACACAUCAGUAUGCAGGUCAAUCACUACCAGUAUCUGUUGCUGCUUUUCCUCCAUGAGUCACUCAUUCUGCUUUCGGAGAACUUAAAGAAUGAUGUAGAAGCUGUGACUGGCAGUCCUGCUAGUCAGACAUCUAUUUGCAUUGGAAUUUUACUUAAAAGUGCAGAAGUGGCUCUUUUGCUACACCCAGUGAAUCAAGCAAAUACUCUCAAGUCUCCUGUUUCUGAAAGUGUGAUCCCUGUUUCUGAUUAUUUGCCUACAGAAAAUGGAGAGCUCUUGUCUUCAAAGAAGAAACAAGUUACUAGUGGUAUAAAUCAAAUUAGAAGUGCAACUGUUAAUCAUAAGUCAGACAACAGAUCUAUGAGUGUUGACCUUAGCCAUGUCCCUUUGAAGGAUCCUUUGCUUUUUAAAUCAGCUAGUGACACAAAUCUGCAAAAAGGCAUUUCUAUUCUGGAUUAUUUAUCAGAUAAAAAUUUAGAGAAAAUAAGUGAAGAUGAAAGUAGUGGAAUUCUUUGCAAAAGUGGCUCAGGGGAAAUUGGAUUAGAAACAGGCGACAGAAAGGAUUUAUCUUGUACAGAUUCAAAUAGUGUCUUAAAAUACAGAGAAGAUUCAAGGGUGCUGCCAUUUGAUAAUUAUGGUAAUCAAAACAUGCUUUCAAAUCGUGUAACUAGUAAAGGAAAUGAAGCCAUAGAAUCUAUCUUUAAAGCUGAAGAUUUGCUUCCAGAAACAGCUUCACUCUCUGAGAACCUGGAAAUUGGUAAAGAAGAAGCACCCACAGUUAGAACACUUAAAUCACAGUCAUCUUUAAGGAACAGGAAAAGAAGCUCCUCUCAAACCUCGUUGGAUACCAUUUCACUUGACAGCAUGAUAUUGGAGGAACAAUUAUUAGAAAGUGAUGGAAAUAAUAGUCAUAUAUUCCUGGAAAAAGGUAUUAAAAAGAAUUCGAGUACAAGUUAUCAGAGCCCAGCAGACAGUGCAAGUGCUAGUGUAAACCUGCAGAACUACGGAGAAGCCUCUCCAGAUGCCAUCAGUACAGCUUCAGAGGGCGCUCAAGAAAACCAUAACGACCUGAUGUCCGUCGUGAUGUUUAAAAUUACUGGUGUUAAUGGGGAAAUUGACAUACGAGGAGAAGAUACAGAAAUCUGUCUUCAAGUGGACCAAGUAACACCGACUCAGUUGGGCAAUAUCAGCCUUCGGCAUUACCUUUGUAAUCGUCCAGUAGGUUCCGAUCAUAAAGCAGUUAUUCAUUCCAAAUCCUCUCCUGAGAUUGCUCUGAGAUUUGAAAGUGGGCCUGGUGCUGUAAUACACUCUUUGCUUGCAGAAAAAAAUGGAUUUCUACAAUGCCAUAUAGAAAACUUCAGCACUGAGUUUCUUACAUCUUCUCUUAUGAACAUUCAACAUUUUUUGGAAGAUGAAACUGUUGCAACAGUGAUACCAAUGAAGAUACAAGUUUCUAACACAAAAAUAAAUUUAAAAGAUGACAGCCCUCGCAGCAGUGCGGUGUCCCUUGAACCAGCUCCCGUAACCAUCCACAUUGAUCAUCUUGUGGUGGAGAGAAACGAUGAUGGCUCUUUUCAUAUCAGAGAUUCUCAGAUACUUAACACUGGAAAUGAUUUGAAAGAAAACAUCACAAGUGAAUCAGUGCUGCUCACCAGUGGAAAGUAUGACCUGAAGAAACAGCACAGUGUCACUCAAGGCACUCAGACGAGUCCUGAGGUUCCUUGGCCCUCUCAGUCAGUUAACUUUGUUGAGUGCUCCUUCGGCUUUACUAGGGAACAGCUCUUGGAAGAGAAUGAAUCUCUUAAGCAAGAAUUGGCUAAAGCUAAAAUGGCUCUUGCAGAGGCUUACUUGGAAAAAGAUGCUCUUCUUCAUCACAUCAAGAAGAUGACAGUUGGCUAGCGGGAGUGGCAGUCCGAAGCUCAGACUGUAACUCUGGAGUAGGGAGGUUGUACUUAUGAUGCGAUGUUACCAAUUGGCCAGUUGGUUACCAAUUAGAGAGAAUUUCCUUUUCAUGAAAAGAACAAUAAAAUGAAAUGAAACAUGAUGAAGUGGUGACUAUUCCAAAGCCAGUUUAGGAAAUAUUAGGUACAAGCAUUACAAUCUUUUGGUUGUUCUGUGUUGUGGAGUUUAAACCUCUUUUAAACUGGUGUGAUAGAAGGAAAAUCAACACGUACUGUAAAAUAAUUCCAUGCCUAAUGAAAAGAAGAUGUCAUUUCCUAAUUUUGAUACCACAUUAUAGGCAUUUUUUAAAAAGAAAAAUGAAAUCUGUUGUGUUCCACAGAUAAUAAUUACUAUUAUUUACAAAGUUUCAAAUGCUUUUAAGGCUAAUGUAAAAUAAAAGGCUUACAUUUUCAAUGUUACUAAAAUAAUGUACUUAAUCUAUAAUUAUUUAAUUACUGUAAAAAGUCCAGUCAUAUUAAUAAAUUAUGUAAUUACUGGGUUUGAAAAAUCUGGAAAAUCAUCACCCUAAUGAACUUAUUAAGUAACUUGGAGGUGUGAAAAAGAAAUUAUUUUAAAUGAUGGAUAAACUGUAACUUGAAGCUAUAAUUUUCCACAAUAUGGUAUAAGUGUAAAAAUAAAAAGCAUAAACUAUAAAAAGCAAAACAUUAGAGUAUAAGACCAACUGAUUUAAAAAACAUUACUUGUACAUUCCUUGAACUAUUUAUUGUUAUAAGAAAAAGAGUAAUUUAUCCCACUAAAUUUGGCAGCAUUUAUAACUGUAAUAAUUUUAAUUAAUACUAUUUGUAUUAUUUCUUUAUCUUUUCCCUGUUUAAGGAGGGGAAUGUUUUCAGAGAAUUUUCUUUACACAUACAAUACCAAUUUGAUACCAUUCUUGUAGUAUCAGAUUUAGGUGGAUGUUUGCACAUACCCAAUUUAUAUAGCUAGUUUUGAUUAAAGUUCUUUGUGACAUAUAUACUUCUAUAAUAAUUAUAAUUGCUAAAUUUUGAAUUCUAUUUUCUAGGAAUUGUUAUGGCUGAAGACAAGAGACACUUUCAAUCAUGCAUUAUGAAAUAAAAGUACAUGAGUGUUUAAGAAA